UCCCACCCAAUCUCCCGCGCCUGUUCUUUCUCCCAAUCCCCUCCGCCCCCGCCGCCGCUAUGGAGCGCUUCCACCACCACCAAGGCGGGGCCACCACUAGUAACGCCACCAACUUCGAUCUCAAGUGCGGCAAGAAGCGGGGCAGCUACAACUGCGGCAGAUGUGGCCUCCCCAAGAAGGGUCAUGUGUGUAACCUCACGCCCACAACCACUACCACCACCGCCAUCACUUCCACUCCCACCACGGAUUCUUGCAAUUCUGCUCGUGGUUCCACCAUCGACCACGCUUCUCAUUCCCACCUCCGUCGCGCCCUCUCCUUCGACGAGGCCGACGAUCUUCGCAGCGGCUUCCACUCCGACCUCGACGAUGCUGACGAGGCGGAGCUUGGCUUCGAUUAUCCCGAAAUUGAUCAGGACGCCUCUGGAUGUUUGCCUGCGAGUUGUCUUUGGGAGAUUCUGAGGAGGCUGCCGCCGGCUGGGAUUUUAUCGGCGGCGAGGGUUUGUAAGGGCUGGAGAGAGACGACAAGGAAGAUUUGGAAAGCGGCGGAGGUGUUGAGAUUGACAGUUCCGUCUAGGGCUCAGGUUGGAUUUGUUGGUUCGCUGUUGCAGAAGUAUUCUAGACUUGUGACACUCUCGCUUAGAUUGGAAAGCGACUUGGAUUCGAUGUUGUUGGCUUGCAUUGCAUUCUCAUGUCCUAGCCUUGAAGUUCUGGAGAUUACUAAGUCUCAAUCAUCAAUUAAUCGUAUCACAGGUGGUGAACUUGGUCGUUUUGUUGCCGAUAAACGAUGUCUUAAGAUUCUUAAGAUGGAAGGUUGUUCUAGUUUGGGGAGUUUUUCCCUCUGUUCAUCGAGUCUUGGCACACUUUGGCUUUCUGAUCUUCGCUCCCUCUCUAAGAUGGCUUUCAAUUGCCCCAAUUUAAAGGAGAUUUCCUUGGAGUUUUCUCGUCAAGAAAAUGAUAGCACUGACCUUGUUGCGAUGGUUGAUGGCAUGGGAAGGGGUUGCCCAAGAUUACAGAACAUACACAUCUCAUCUUUCCGUCUUUCUCAUGCUGUAGUACUAGCACUCACAGCUGCACAAUUGAGUGAAUUGCGGAUGCUUUCACUUGUUCUUGGAGUUGACAUCACCGAUGCUUCUGUUGCUUCUAUUGCUUCAAGCUAUCCAAACUUGGAAUUGCUUGAUCUUAGCGGGUCUAGCAUCAGUGACAGUGGCAUUGGAAUGAUAUGUAAUGUAUUCCCAGAUUCAUUGUCUAGACUUCUCCUUGCCCUGUGUCCCAACAUCACUUCAAGUGGCAUACAAUUUGCAACGGCUGAAUUGCCACUUCUUGAACUCAUGGAUUGUGGGAUGACAAUUUGUGACCCUAAUGCUCAGGAUUCUACAUCUGAAACUGGUGACCAUGAGUUAUCAAAACAACCAAACUCUAAGUUUCACCUCAUUUACCAAAAGCUGAUCAUCAAACACAACCACCUGAAAAAGCUGAGUUUGUGGGGUUGUUCCGGUUUAGAUGCUCUAUAUCUUAACUGCCCACAACUAGAGGAUCUCAAUCUGAACUCUUGCAAAAAUUUGCAUCCAGAGAGAUUGUUACUUCAGUGCCCCAGUUUACGAACUGUGCACGCAUCAGAUUGCAAGGAGUUAGUAGUUGGAGCUAUUCGAAUUCAGCUUGAUAAGGCUGCUGCACCUGAGGAGAACCUACUAUCAUGCAAGCGCUUGGCAGAUGGCUCAAAACGUAUUCGAGUUCCACCUCUUAUUAAUUCACAGUCAUCGGAUAAUUAUACGAAACGAAGAAGGGUAGGAAGCCAUCAGUGUAACAUUCUUAUGUCUUAAACAGUUCAGAAGUUCAUAAUGUUUUUCUUCUUGGCACACUGAUAGUAAUUGUGCGUUGUGUAUUAGAGCCAAUGAAGGCAGAGUGCAGCUGCCAUCCAUUUGGGGUUAUAGGCAGAGCACCUCGCCUGUGUAAACAUUUUUAUUUGUAACACUUCCACACUUCCUAAAACUAUAUUUUUCAGUAUGGAACUGAGUCCAGUACCCAGAGCCAAGCCAUACAUGGAAAGCUUAUUAGGGUUUAUAAGUUCUUUUUCUUUCCCCCCAAUAAAGAACAAUAGUUAUUUAUGAUUAA